AACUCGGAGUCUUUGUAUUUAAUUUUUUUGUUUUUUUCUUUCUCUUUGUCAUUUGUGUGUAAUAAUAAUUGUGUAAUUUAUUUAAAUUGCCAAUUCUUUUUUAUUUUUAUUAAUCAUUUUGUUCACUUUUCUUUUGGAUUAUAUAAGAAAAUAUCUUCUUCUUCUGUUUGUUUGUUUCUCGGUGUAUAUUUUUUGGUCUGUGUUAACAAAUUAUGAAAGAAGAUUCAACUGGAGGGCAACCAGAUGAUGAGAAUAAUAAUAGUAAUAAAGAAACAACAACUACAGCAGCAACAAAGGAUAAAUCAAAGAAUAAAAGGAAUCGUAAUUCUCCAUGGAAAAUCGAUGAUACCAAAUGGUUUUUCGAAGCUCUAUCAGAAUUUGGUAAAGAUUUUAGUUCCAUUCAAACCUAUAUCGCUGCAAGGGUUGAUAAAAAGGUUUCCAAUCCACCGGAGCAAGUUAAAAAUCGUGAACAGGUUCGCCAUUACUAUUAUCGAACAUGGCAUAAAAUAUCAACCGUUUUAACCUUUCCCGAUUUUAUUGACAAACAAACGCAAGAACUUUAUGGUCUAAUCAAUUUUGGUGAGAUUUGGAAAAAAUUAGGAUCCAAAGGUGAAGCUAAAAUUAAGGUUCAUCUUAAUGAGCUAAUUAAUACUGGUCAAACAGUUGUCAAGUUUAAAGGAAAAAAUCUUAAGAUAAAAACUCCCGUUUGUAAAGCGUUAAAAAAGCUACAUAAAUUAGAUGAUCAUCCAUCUUCUUCAUCAAAUGUUCAUAAUUUACCCAAAGAGAUAACCAUUGAAUUUCAACCAACCUCAAAUGAUGCCUGGUUAAGGGUACAUUCAUUAGCCCAAAAUCCAAGGAUUAGGAUAAGAUCACCUUUACAAAAGAGACUCUCCGAGAUUAUAAGUUACCUGGAAGGAAGAUGGUCAACUUUAAGGUAUCGAAGUUUAAUGAUGAUUACACAUAAUCGUAGUUGCUCACCAACAAUGGAACUUGAACCAGAGAAACUCCGAGUUUUCAUUCACUCAUCUUUUCUAGAUGAUCUCACGGGCAUUGUUAUUAAAAGAGUCCCAUUAAAUUUUAAUGCUCAAAUUGACCUUAGUUUAAGUGCCUACAUACAUAAAUUUCAUCAAAAUGGUAAAGAGUUACCAGAGAAGAGGAAAAAAAGUGUCUCCAGUUUAUCUUCAAGUUCAUCAAAUAAAUCAAAAAACAGUGAAACUGUUACCACCAAUGAGGCCAAAGAUUCAACAACAACAACUAAUCAAAGUAAAGAAAAAGUCAACACUAAAGAAAUAGAGAAAGUAAUUGACCUAGAAGAGAAAUCAAUUUUACCACCGAUUGCUGAAACAGUACGAUCUUUAUCAAUGUUACAAGAUAUGUUGGCACUAGCCAAUAAUGACACAACAAAUGAUCAUGAAUCUAUUAUCACCAGUGGUAUAUCAUCAUCAGAGAGUAAUAGAAAUGAAGAGGAAGUGAAUCUCAAUGAAAGAACGAUUUAUAUUGAUGAAUCUUCAAAAUCGGAGGGCAAAAACUCAAAUACAAUUUUACCUCUACCUCCAGCCAAUGCAACAAUCGGUGAAUGGUUAGGAGCUUUCAUAGCAAAUGGUCACGAUGAUGAUAGUAACAACAAUAACAACAACAACAAUAAUAAUAAUGAUAGUGCAAAUGAAGAUGUAAACAAAGGUGAUCACUUAAAAGACAAAGAUAAACAACCAUCAUCAACCACCACAACAACAACAACAACCAUUGAACCUGAAGCUGUUAAUCCUGUAAUUACAUCGGAAGAUAAAUAUCAAACAGUUAAUCAAGUUGUCGAUAUUGAUAUUUUACGAAAUGGUUGGACAAGUGAUACAACUGAUCUUCUAGUUGGUGAAUUAUAUUUAAUGUUAAAAAAUCCUGAGAAAAUAAUUCUUGAAUAUGAUUGGGUUAAAGAAGAUAAACAAAAGCAAGAAGAUAUCAAUGAUUGUCCAUCAUCGGUUAAACCAGCAUCACAAACACUGACCAAUGAUAGUAUUAAAAGUAGUAAAAAUGAAUCAACACAAACAGUUUUGGAUAAACUAAUAACCGUUGCUUCAAUAGCCUUAUUACACCUAAAGAAUCAACAAAUUACCGGAGAUACAAAUCUCGUUCUUUCACCUGUAAAAAGUAAAUCUUAUUCACGGAAAAACAAACGAUUAAAACUGGGCUCACCUCCACCUAUUUUACACCAUCAUCAUCAUCAUCAACAUCAACAUCAACACCAGCAUCAGCAUCAGCAUCCGCAUCCGCAGCAACAACAAACACAAGCAUCACCCUCAUCUCAUCAAUCCACUUCACUGUUAACAUUAUCUUCACCUUCAUCAUCAAUAGUAACGGUCUCACCAUCUCUCCAUCAUCAUCAUCAUCUUCAUUCAUUAAACUCUUCCACCUCUAAUUGUACAUCAAUCCUUUCACAAGAUCAUCUAAUAGCUGAUUCAUUAACCUCACCCAAUAUAUUACUUUCCAACUUAAUUUCUGAUACCAUACUUAAUGACAAUAUUUACUCAGAAUUAAAUAGCACAACAAUUAAUUUAACCACUUCAAGCGGAGAUAAACUUGAUAACUUGGAAUCUUUAAGUCCACCAAAGAUUGACCCAUCCCAGUGGUUUAAUAAUCAUCAUUCAACUUUCACCUCACCAAAUUUCAAUAAGACAAUAAUUAAACAACCAGGAAAACCUGUUCGCUGUAAUGAUCCAGCUCUCCUACAAGAAGCAAUUAAGCAGCUUAAUUCAAACAAAUUUAACACAAGGAAACAAUUGAGAAAACAAACACCCAAACCAACUUAUAUUGCCAAACCAACAGUUAUCAAUCGAUGCUCACCUAAUGUUAUCGGUGUUACACUUUCAACACCAGUGGGACAAUCAACAACAUCUUCAGCCGUUGCAACAGCAAAUCAAAUAAUUAAUCAUGUUGUUAAUUCAGGAUCUGUGAUUACCUCACAAUCAACCGGACAAACAGUACAAUUACCAGUGGUCAUACCAUCAUCAGAGGGCAAUAUUGUUGUUAGUCAAGCUCCAGUCCAACAAAAUUACCUGUCAACAAAUCCAGAUACCUGUUAAUCUGCUAAUUAUUACCAAGAACAAUUUUUUAAUAUGUUGAUUAAAUUGUUAAUUUAACAAGACUCUUAUAAUCCAAGCAGAUUUUGUUUUUGCUCAACAAUAGGACAACGUAUUAUUUACAAUUACGAAUCAAAAAAAUAAUCUCCAUCAUAUCAACAUGCAAAGAUGAUAUAAACAAUCGGAUAACAAUUAACCAAAGUCAAAAUGAUCACAUGGAUUGUCAUUAAAAUUGUUACAUAAUCAAAAAAAAACUUUAGUAAAAACAAAAACGACCGGUGGACAAAAAUUUAAAAGAACGAGAUUGUUUUUCUUAUCCUGAUGAAAAAACUUGUAUUCACAAUUAUCGAUUGACUCUGUUCGCAUAUGAUUUGCAAAAUUUUCAAAUAGUUAGAGCAACAAUUUACUAAUUAGCAUGUUUAAUGAUACUCUGAUUGUCUCUUUACACAUUAUACAUAAACAUACAUCUCGAAAACAUGUAACAUAAACAACAAUGAACCACCAAUAUUGUCAAUGUCCUGAUGGAUACAAACACCCAAACAACCAGAAUCCAAAUAUUAUUUUCCUCUUUUACCGUUAUCCCAAUCAUCUUCAUCUUCAUCCUCCACCUUUAUCCCUCUUGUCAAUGCCAAUUUAGCACCACAACAAUUUGGACAAUUCAAAUUUUUUCAUUAUUAUCACAUUUAAAAUUAACAAUAACUUUGUAUAGUUAUAGUUGAAUAACAUGAUAACAACACACAAAUUAACUGAA